UUAGUUUACGAUCAUUACAUAAAAGCAGUUUUAGCCAUGGAUAUUCCUGACUCUUCGGGAUCGGUGGAUCCUGCGUAUAUUGAGAAAAAGCGUGAAGAACUUAAGAUAUUCUUUCAAGAUGCAAAGUUUCCCCAGGAUGUGAUCGACAAAGUGAUAGAAAAUGAGUUGAAACCUCUCAAGGAGCAUCAGAAUCGUCCUUACAUAGCUGCAUCAUGCCCAGGCGAAGUAAAAUCCGAAUACGAAGUUAUGACCGGCCAGCCUUUUACCACCAUUGAAGACUGCAAUAAGCCUUUGACCGUUGAAGAAAUAAAAGAGAAACUAAAAGGUAACCCUAUUAUAGCUGAGAAGGCUCGCCAGAUUCAAAUUGUAACUGGGUCAGACGAAACUAAAAAUGUAACAGUACCCAUAGACCAAAUAAACAUAGCAUCUUAUGCAGACAUGAGAAGCGAAAUAGACACAGCUGGUGGUGAUACAGAGAAAGUUAACAAAUUACAUUACAAAAACAUGCAUGCUCUUAUGAGUUCUGUGGCAGAGUAUCAAACUAGGCCAGCUAUAAACCUAUUCGAGAAAGAAGAAGAAGAAAGCGACGAUAACGAGAGUGAUGAAAGAGACUUGGAGGCAAUAGAAAAAGUAGUUAGUCAAUAUACUGACAAAUCUUAUGAAACUAGAUUUCAAGAGACAAAGGAUAUGCUGUUAAAAUUAGCUGAUGCGUAUGAAACUUCUGACAAAUCAUCCGAUUCUAAAGCUACAGUCAAAGCUGAAAUCCAGCCCGAUCCUGUUUUAAAGGAAUCGUCAGUACAGUUUAUAAAAGGAGAAAUAAGAAAGUCUUCGUUUGACGAAGUCAGGGAUAACUAUGCUAUCAACGAAUCUAUGAACAUUUCCUUGAAAGAUAAUCCAGUAUCUCCUGAUCUUAGUGGAAAAACUAAAAACGAACCAAAACCCAUAAAGAAGAAGGAAGAAGAAGUUAUCAACGUUGAAGAAGUGUUCCCUAAAAGUAUGGAAGCCAAGCUGAAAGAGACUGAAAAGGCUUUACGUGAUAUUAACUCUGUGCUUGAAACACCUAACAACGAUUCUACACAAACCAAUCCUAACGAACAAGAUAACGGAAAAGAUGAAUCAGCUCAAGAGCCAGCUGAAGUUCCAGCUCGUCAAAAGUUUGACGAAAGAAUGGAACAAACUUUACAAAACGCUUUGGAAGAUAUAUUCGAAGUCAGCCGCAAUGAAAAUGAAGACAACAAAGAAAUGGAAUUCAAAGAAAUGAAAAACCUUGCACGUAACAUUGUAGAAGGCGCCGAAAAUUUAAGCACCUUGAUACGAGAAGACAUAACUAAUAAAUUAAAUAGCAUGAAUGAGCUACUAAAUGAUGUGAAUGAAGCGUUAGAAAAUUCAAGGAAAUCUAACAUUGCUUAUCAGAAGCUUAAAGAAGAAACAGAUUGUAGGCGAAAAGAAAGAGCUAUAGAAAAUAGUUCCAAAAACGAAGAAACAGAUAUUAAAGAAGACAAUGAUAAUGACGAAGGAAAGGAAAGCAUAAGCAAAGUUACUGACAAUGACAUUGAUGACAUAAAUUCAGCAAUCAAAAAGUUGAACGCUGAAAUCAAAUGCCAUGAGGCUAGGAUUGAUACAUGCAAAGCCAAUUAUGAACUUAGAAACAAAGAAUGCACAGUAUUCAUUAAAGAAGUUGAUGACAUAUUGCAAAAAUCGCAUGGUAUUUUACAUCCUAUGAAAGAGACAAACGAACAAUUGAAAAGUGUUGCGGAAGAUCUUAAAGAAAUUGAUUCGAAAGAAAAUGUUGCGAAAGAGACAGUUGUAAAAGAUCAAGAAAAGAAGGGAGAUGGAAAAAAAGGACGCAAGGAAUUAUGGGAUGUCGAAUUUACCUAUAAUGACGAAAGGAAUAAAAGACUUGCAGAGUUCAAGGUGCAAGAGUUAGAACGAAAGAAGCGAAUCAAUGAUCUUCUUUACGAUAUAAAAGACAAAAUGAAGGAUAACAAAGAUGUUUUAAGAUUAGCAAAUAACUUGCUUAGAAGAGAAGAGAGUAGGAAGAAGCCUCUUCUAGACUGUGAUAAGAAAGUCACUGUUAUUGAAGUGGACGACAAAGCUCAGGGCGAUCAUGCACGAAGUGAUGAAGAGACCAAAGAACCUAGUGAAGUUACUCCAUCAGAUGGCGAGCAAAAAGGUAAUUCAGUAACAGAAUCGCCGUUAGAGAAGAAGAAGCGAGAAGAGCAGAAAGCAAAAGAAGAAGCUGAAGAGAAGGAGAGACAGAGACAGAAGGAGUACCAGCUGCAACUGGAGAAGGACUUGGAGGAGAUGAACAAAGGCCCUCGGAUGACGAAGGAGUUCAUCAAGAACCACUGCCGGCAGCAUAAGCUUUACUGCACGCCGUAUCUGAAUGAUAUACUGUACUUGCAUUUUAAGGGUUUCGCCAAAAUCGAGAAUCUGGAAGAAUACACCGGUCUCAAAUGCAUUUUCCUGGAGAACAACGGCAUACAGAGAAUCGAGGGUUUGGACACAUUGGCCCAGUUGAAAUGCCUUUACUUGCAUUACAAUGUUGUCCGUAAGAUCGAAAACCUCCACGGAUGUCCACUGCUGGAUACUUUGAAUUUGGACCACAAUUUUGUCACAAAGAUUGAGAAUUUGGAGGUCGUUCCGGCACUGCACACUCUGAGCAUCGCUCAUAACAUGCUUACUACUAUUGAUGACUUAGCCCAUUUGAAGUUGUGCAGAAAUCUCUCCGUUCUCGACCUCUCGUACAACAGGCUGGAAGACCCUCUUAUAGUAGAUGUGUUGGCUGAUAUGGUGGUCUUGAAAGUACUGGUUCUUACUGGCAACCCGGUCAUUCGCAACAUCCCAGCGUACCGCAAAACUCUCACUCUACGUCUAAAGGACCUGUUAAAUCUGGACAACCGGCCAGUGUUUCCAAGAGACCGCGCCUGUGCUGAGGCUUGGCAGCGAGGCGGAGUGGAAGAGGAAAUCGCUGAGAGACGAAGAUGGAUCGCAAAAGACCAGGAAAAGGUUAUGCAGAGUGUGCGGUACUUGAUCAAAAUGAGGGAUGAGAAUAAAGCCAAGAGAGAAGCUAGGGAAAAAGAAGAGAGAGAAAAAUUGGGCCUGCCACCAAAGGCAGAGAUUACAGAAGACGAAACAACACCAGAAGAUACAUCCAAAGUAAACCUAAAAGCUAUAGAAGGACCAUCUACUCUUCUAGAAAAGUACGGUCCUGAAGAAGUAAAGACUAAAGGAGGCAUAGCUGAGGAUAUGCUGUCAGGUUCUGAAGCGGGGGAUUCUACUAGUGAAGAUAGCACUGAUUCUGAUAGCGAUAUGGACAAUAAGGAAGAAGAGCCAUCAACAAGCAAAAUUGAGUGGUCACACUUAAAUCCUGGGAAGCGUCUCGUCCAAGAGGUCAAGGUAGAGGAUCCACCACCAAAUCCAGCGCCAAUCAAUGACUACUGGUAUGGAUACAGAGGCGAUCUGAAGCCUAAACCACAGACUGACAGCAAAUUCAUCAAUGAUUUCCAUGCUCUUGAUAAUUUGUUAUUUAAUCAACCACCACAUGUAGAAAGAAAAAGAGUUUCUCAGAUUCUUGCAGAAUCGAGAAAAGGAGGUGCAAAAGCAAAAAUUACAGAAGUCGUCGAAGAAAAAGACAACGAAUUACAAGAAGAAGCAAAACCGAAGCCUUUGAUUGAAAUAGUAGAAACACAAGAUACAAAACCAAUGAUAGAAGAAGUUGAACCCAAAUCUGAAGAAACUAGUGAAGUCAUAGUAAGCACGGGUAUUGAGAAAGACGGAGAUCUUAUAAUAGAUCACGACAAGAAGGUGAUAACCAAUCAGCUCAAAGAAAAUGAACCUGUAAAUAAAGCGGAUGAUAAACCCAUCGAUGCAACAGAAGAAACAAAGUCAAGUAAGAAAGCUUUAAAGAAGAUAUCAAUUGAAGAAAUACCUAAAACUGAAUCUGUAGAUGUCCCUGUUACGGAAAUACCACUGGAUAGUGAUAAUCAGACUAAAGAUGAAGUGAAAGAAAAGGAUAAGGGAAAUGAAGGCACGCAAGUUGACAAAGAAGAUAAACAUGAAAUUAGUAACGUUGAUACAAAAUCUGAAGAACGAAGACGUAGUGUCCAAAACAGCGACGGUGAUGGAGUGGCUCUCAUCAACUACAUGCACCGCAUGAACACCGACGAGGGAGACGACGAGGACUUGGAACCCAGUGCUGAAGACUUGGAGAUCUUCGCCGAGCUCGACCGGGAGCAGGAGGAGCGGCAGGCCAGGAUCGACAGGGGGGAGCCGGCUGUGGAUCCUAUGAAACUCUACGACAAGAAGACGAUGGAUGCAUUCUAUAAAGCGGAAGAGUGUGUGCCCGCGCAUGCAGUGAGGGAUAAGAUCAUGUACACCACGUACAAGCACGACAACGCGUUCGACAGGAUCGCUCUGAGCCAGCUCACCGCUGGGGACAGACCAGAUGAAAAGAAGGUUAAGCUCACAUACGUCCCUGGAGCGGUUUUGUACGAGUACCUUGACCAGAAACCCUGCGCCGAACUGGACUACGAGAUUGGUGAAGAGAAAGUGGAUUCAGGACCUUCAUCAGGAGAAACAGAGUCCAUACACGUACUCAGUGACACUGACACCAAUUCUGAAGAUGAAGCCCUAGAACUUAAACCAAAGCCAAGCACAUCCAAAUCUAAUAGACCAUCCACUGCAGCUGUUAGAAACACUGACAACAGCCAAGCUAAAACUGAAGAUAAAAAAUCACCCAGAGAUGAUACAGAUAGGGGAAAUCACACUUCUGCUAAAUCUGGAAGAUUCGUUCCCACUGGUAGCAGUCAGAGCACUCCUGGUAAGAGGGAGAAAGGUGAAGACUUCAAGGCAAAGAAAAGAGAUGGUGACUUCAAAAACGAUCCCGAAGGUAGAGGUCCUGAUGCAGGAAUUAAAGAAGAUAAUGAAAAUGAAAAUUUGAAUUCUGAAAAGCAAGAUGCUCCAAAGACUGAAGCUCUAUCGUCAUCUUACGAGACGAUGCUGAACGUGGACCGCGAGGAGGCGAAGCAGUCCAUCAUCAACACCAUCAACUCUUACGAGGAUGAAAGGUUUCCUUCGCAAGGUGUAGACCGCUCGGACAUGGUGUCGGAUGCUCGCAUCGAGCAGUCAGUCGCCUCUGAGAUCCUGGACAGAACCCUGCAGUACGAGGAGCGUUCCUACUUCCAGCAAUACGACGUGCUGACCAGCCAGGCCGGGAAUAUCGAUAACAAGACCAACGCCAUCAUCGAGCAGAUUUCAGACCAGUUUGAUAACGAGUAUUCUUUGCCCGAAGUAUCACGCAUCCUCGAAGUCCACAUGGACGCGGCAGAACAAAGAUGGCGGGCGGGGGAGUUCCUGCACUACAUCGCCGUCAGCCCAGCAGAGUCAGUGGCCGACCCAGACGACACAGAAGUGACUCUGGUCCCCAGUCACGAUACAUCUCUAGAGGAUACGUUGACAGACGAAAACGUCAACCGAAUGGAAGCCAUCACAGAGUGCAACGACUCAGGAAUCGGAAAUGACAAGUCUAUAGUUGGAGACGAUGAUGAUAAUAGUACUAAUACUGAUGGAAGAGCUAAUGAUUUUCCAAAUAAUGACAGCGGAGUUUCUGAUACUGAGAGAACUGACAAUAAUGGCACUCUAUCAAGCGAUGAAAGGAAUGAAAGGGAUAAUGAUUCUUCGACAAAUGUUUCAAGUUACAACAAAACCGACGAAGACAAAGACGUAGCUGAAGACAGUUCAGUAGCUGACGACUCGAAAAUCGAAGAUUACCAAUCAGUUCUCGAUGAAAGUGACAUUGGUAACGAUAAAGUGAACGAUGUAUCGACGGAAUGCGAGGAGAUGUUUGAAGAUUGUGAAGAGAUGGGCGAAUCGAACGAUGGAAAAGACGAUUUCGAUCUUAUAAGCGAGAAUUACUCUCUAGAAAUGAAGCUAGCUCUAGGGAUUCAUAAGGAUUUGUAAGAUAUUUAUAUAUACCUAGACUAUAUAGAAGUCUACUGUUGAUCUCACAAUUAAGAUUACGAUCGAAUCUCACAGAACACCGUCUUUAUCGCUAUUAUUCCUUACAAAAUAAGAUCAAUUUGAUCUUUGAU